AUGUCUGUAAAUGACACAUCAACGUAUAUUACCCUCGACGGGUACGUGGAGUUGUCUAAGUACAGGUGUCUCUACUUCCUGCUGCUGUUCACUGCCUAUGUUCUGAUUCUGUGCAGUAACUCCACCAUCGUGUGUCUCAUAGUGAUUCACAGGAGCCUCCAUGAGCCCAUGUACGUGUUCAUUGCCGCUCUGUUGACCAACUCUCUUCUUUUCAGCUCCGCUCUUUAUCCAAAGCUGCUGCUGGACGUUUUAUCAGAGACACCGGUGGUGUCGUACCCAGUCUGCCUCUUCCAGUGGUUCAUGUACUACACGUUGGGUGGCUCAGAGUUCCUGCUGCUGGCGGCCAUGGCCUACGACAGAUACGUGUCCAUCUGUCGACCUCUGUUGUAUCCCAGCAUCAUGAGGAAGGCCAACGUCUGUGUCUGCCUGCUUCUGGCCUGGCUGCUGCCUGUUUGUCAGUUUACUGUGUCCACUGUGCUAAACGCAAACGCUAAACUGUGUAACAUGACUUUCAGCGGCAUCAUUUGUAACAGUAACGUCUUCAAGCUUCACUGUUUCCCUUCCAGAGCGCUCAACAUUUAUGGCAUAUGUCGUUUGGUAAAUCUGGUGUUUCUUCCAUUGCUUUUCAUCUUGUUCACCUACGUCAGGAUUCUGAUCAUUUCCUACCGCAGUGGCAGAGACGUGAGGAGGAAAGCUGCUAACACCUGCUUACCUCACCUGCUGGUUCUCAUCAGCUUCUCCUGUUUGGCUGCUUAUGAUGUGCUUCUGGCUCAGAUAGAAUCCGAUUUUCCAAAAACCGUGCGUUUUAUAAUGUCUUUGCAAGUCAUUUUAUAUCAUCCUCUGUUCAAUCCCAUUAUAUACGGCAUGAAAAUGAAGGAAAUAUAUAAGCACAUCACAAAACUGUUCUGUCCCAUCUUCAAAUGAGGUUCAUUGAGCACAUGAAGGCUACUACUAUGUUAACCAUAGGUAUGACACAUAUUUGGUUCCAGUUAACCACAGUAAAUAGGAACCCCGGUACCAGUACAGAACAGACCUCGAAGUUGAUGUAUGUGGAAUCACAGCUGUGAAUUGAGACUCAAUAAAGCAUUAACUGGCUUCUGUCAGGUGAAUUUUCCUUCUACGUUAUGCCUGCCUUUUGUGUGUGUUCACAGCUGCCGCCGGUUGUUGAGCUCAGCGUCCUGGACGUCAAACUGGACUCAGACACAAAUAAAAACUCAUUAUGCUUCAUUUUGAGAAGGAGGAAUAAAGACACCGAAAAUUGCUGUGAAUAAUUUAUUAUCACAUAAAUAUAGAAAAUUAAGUAGUAGGAGAAUUUAAAAUUUUCCUACUCACCUACAAAGUA